CUGACAACCUGAGUGGUUCGGAGUAAACAAGAAGCUGAGGUUUUUAAAGCAGGAGGAUUCAGUAAAUGCUCAUCUGAGACUGCCCUCGUGUUUGAAGAGCUGAAGAAUCAUACCGGCAGGAGUGAAGGGAAAUUACUUGUCCUUUCAUUUAAACCAGCUCGUCGUGUGAAGAUGAAGGCCAUGCAGGUGAUUUCUUUGACUCUGCUGUGUGUUGUGGCAGCCAGCGCUCAGAUCCUGAAGUUUGGGAAAUGUCCCAAACCCCCAGUGCAGGCCAACUUUGAUUCCAACAGGUAUGUUGGUAAGUGGUAUGAGAUUAUGAAGCUGCCAACACAGUUCCAGAAAGGCGAGUGCGGCACUGCCACCUACAGCCCAAAGAGUCCUGGAGUCGUUGGAGUCCUCAACAGGGAGCUGCUCGAUGAUGGAUCCAUUAACUCUAUUGUUGGCCAAGCUAAGGUCAAACACCCCUCUGAGCCUGCCAAGCUGGAGGUCUCCUUCACUGACAUUCCUUCACCCCCUGGUCCCUACUGGGUUCUGUCCUCCGACUACGAGACCCACUCUCUGGUCUAUGGCUGUACAGACUUCGGCAUCUUCCGCAUGGAGCUGGCCUGGAUCCUUAGCAGAGAGCCCACCAUGUCCCAGGAGACCCUGCAGAGGCUGCACAACAUCCUGUCCGCUGCUGGAGUCAACCCAGAGAAGAUGGUCCCCACCAACCAGGAUGAGACUUACUGCGCCCCCAUGAACGAGUAACCAGAGAUCCUCCUGUUUCAGCCUACAGGACUGUGACUCAGGGACACUUAACAUCCUAUUUAUGCAAAGUUAGAGCAAUAAACCUGUAGAAAGAAA